CGGGAGAGGUGAUGGUACGAAGAGCAGCAGGCAAGAGACAGCUCCCCUGAGGUGGGGCGAGCACAGGCCGGUGCCUUCCCGGCCGUCUGUGUCCCACCGACCCAACGCGCUCUCUCCUCGGAGUCGGCGUUUCUUGGAGAUGGCUGUAAAGGAUGGAAUUAAGCAUUUUCAUAGGAGACGGGUCUAUAGUAAGUGUAAGUAUGGCUGCAUUUGCUCGGAAGGUGUGAAGAACUCCUGCAGGGCACCGAUGGAGGAGACACGGAGCCGGUGCCCAGGGCUCACCGGCCUGAGGAAUCUGGGCAACACGUGCUACAUGAACGCCAUCUUGCAGUGUCUCUGCAGCCUGCCCCAGCUCAUGGAGUAUUUCCUCUCGGGAAAGCACAAAACAGCCCAACGCAAGGAGAUUGGCCAGUCUGCGAUUGCCUUUGGCUGCUUGAUGUCCAACAUGUGGUUUGGAGAGUUUGACACCGUUUCCCCGGAGGUUUUUCACUCGGUCCUGGAGAGGCGGUACCCAGCGUUCAGGAGGGCGACUCAGCAGGACGCCCAGGAGUUCCUGAUCUGUGUGCUGAACGAGCUCCACGAGGCUCUCAAGUCAAGCGAAAGGAGGUGCAUAACGGAUGCAAAAGCGAGCAGAGAGAGUGUCAGUGAAACAUCAAUCAUCACACAGUUAUUUGAGGGCCAGCUCAGUUACGAGAUCACGUGUCUGGAGUGCAAGACCACCACCGAGAGACCCGAGAGCUUCACCGUUCUGUCCCUGCCUGUCCCUUCUAAGAGCGUGUGCUCUCUGGGGGACUGUCUCAAAUGCUUCUUUCAGCAAGAUACACUGACUUGGAACAACCAAAUCCACUGUUCGUGGUGUGGAACGAAACAAGAUGCUGUGGUAAAGGCCACUCUUACCAAGGCACCGCAGAUCAUUAUUUUUCACCUAAAGAGGUUUGAAUGGCAAGACAAACACAAAGGGAAGCUCUCAACCACCAUCUGCUAUCCACUCAGCAACCUGGACCUCUCUCCUUACAUGGCCCGGCCCGGCCGCAGGGACGCAGAGUACCGCCUCUGCGCUGUCGUGAACCACUCUGGUUUUCUGGAUGAUGGCCACUACACGGCGUUCUGCGAGCACUCGGUCACCAAAAGCUGGUACAGGUUUGAUGAUGAUCACGUCACCGAGAUCCCAGACUCCUUAGUGCAGAGUGACACAGCUUAUCUCCUGUUCUACACCUGCCAAGGCCUUCCCUGCACCCAUUAG